AUGUGUAUAUGGCAGGUAGAUGUCGUUAGCGUGUCAGGUUGAUGUGGAAAGGGGGGGCCCUCAAGCGCAGCUGUGUCUCUCGAGCAGCAGCGCCGGAUGCAGGUGACAUGGCCUUCGAAGUCGGCGCCGUGGCCUACGUUCGCCUAUAGUCGGCGGCGGGGGCCCGAGGCGCCAGGCGCUGUGCGUCGGAGGAGUGGUCGCAGAGCUCCACGACCAGCACGUGACGCUAGCAGUGCGGGCGCUGGCGGGACGAGAUGUCGGGGCAGCGUCGCUCGAGACAUCCAUCGAGGACCUAGAGCCCCGACAGCUGUUGGUUUCGUGAAAGCGUCGAAGCGCAAGUUGCGUACUCGGUGCCAGAGUCAUGGGGAGACGCCUGCAUGCACUUCGGCUCGAAGCCGUUUGGCCCUGCGAUGCUCGCGUCGGGUGUCGCAGCGGCGGGCGGCGGGCGCCACGCGUCGACCGACGACGCGGCGCCGCCGCCGCAGCCGCGGCGGGAGCCCGCGAGCCCCGCCCAGGCGAGGGCGUCUCGGCGGGAGCAGCGAGUGCCGGGGCCAGCCUUGGCUCGAGCGGCAGAUCGCGCAGGCGGCGCGUCGGCCCCAGCAGCAGGCAGCCCGGGGCGGCGUGGCCAAGGAGGUGGGCUCGUUCGACUCCGAGGCCAAGGUCCGGCCGCCCCCCGCGCAGGCGGCGCGGGCGAGGCGCUCGGCUCGGGGCCGCCAGCUGUCCGACGGCGAGUCGGAGGCAGGCCUGCCGGCCGGGGCCCCGAGCCGAGCGACUGGCAGCGAGCCCCGGGCGGCCGCGGCGGCCGCGGGCGCGGCGGGCGCGGCGGGGGCCGGGCUCGACAGCGCCAGCCUCCAGUCGCUCCUGCAGCUGAGGAUGCUAGAGGAGCUGGAGAGGCUCGAGUCGGGCAGGAAGGCCAAGGACUCCUCCCUCGGACGAGGGCGCGGGCGAGGGCACGGGCUGCGCGGGCGCAGGCGAGGCAGGCAAAGCGGCGCGAAGCGUUGGCCGCCCAGCAGGGCGCCUACCUCGUCGAGUGCGACGCGCGCCAGUUCGGGCCGGCCCCGCCAGACGACUCGGAGGCGCGGCACAAGAAGAGCACCUACUUGCUGGGAAAUUGUCCCGAGCUGCAGCGUCUCGGCAGGCGCUGCCAGGGCCACUGCCGCCACGUCCACCUGGAGGGCGCCGCGCGCGCGGACGGCCGCUGGCAGAAGCGGGCCGCGCUGGCGGCUGCCUACCCCGCAGUUCGCGGAGGCGCUGCCUGGCGCGCCGCGGGCGGCCGAGCGCCGACUGGCGGCGGCGCCGCUGCGAGUGGUCUACCUAAGGUACCGGAGGCUUGAGGCGUCUGCGCGCUUGGCUUCCCUGGCAGGGCCCGUCGCGCCCCGGGCGGCGCGACCUGCAGAUCUCGCUCUACGGGGAGGCGCGCGCGUCGAGGCUGGCGCAGGCGGCGGCAGCGCGGCGUGGUCGCGAGGCCAAUCGAGCACGCGCAAACCCUUCUCAACGAAAAGAGACCUCUUGGCGAGGCUCGCUGCGCGGUGCUGGUCGCCCAGCAGCAACGGCUGGAGCUCCGAGGCAGGCUGGGGGUUGCCUGGGGCUCGGCGCGGUUUUGGGCCUUCGGCGAAGACUCACAGAGCAGGACGCCGAUCCCAAGAGAGAUCCAGAAGGCGUUGAGGCGUUGGGCGCUGGCCAGGGCUCUGUUGCUGUCUAAGCGCCCCGUCGUGGCCCUCUUCGAGUGCCGCAUCUUCUCGAGGGUCGCCGUGGAUGGAUGGUUGCGCACUGGAGAGGCAGCCAACCUGAGAGGCCGCCAUGUGCGGUUCGGGCGCAUUCAGGGACGCAGCCAGGCUGCACUGGCCAUCGAGAGCCCGAAAAACGAAACCUUCAUAGGGAAGAAGCAGGCUGUCUUGCUGGCACGGGCCUCCACGGUGUCUUGGAUCCAGUGAUGGGUUUCUGCGAAAGGCCCUGGCGAUCUAGUCUUCCCCUCGGUAUUCGGGGCUUCCGCCAAACCCGCCUCGACCUCGCCAGCCAGCUGCGCACCCCGCAGUUCACAUUUGCUGGGCACAGGGCAGGCGGGGCCACAUCUCUAUGUAUGCGUACUUGUCACACUGCCUGGGUCAAGUUCCA